CCCUUUAUGGCUUCCUGAAGAUUAUCAUGAGGCUCCUUUGGCUCUCACCCAGAUUGAGUACGAAGGGGAUGGUCUGCUCGCGCGACAACAUCUAUACAAGGACUUCCCGGCACGUAAGGUAACAAAACAACAAUUCGCGGAUAAGUCUGCGGACCCACCACUUCCCCCUCUCCUUCGGCAUGUCUGAUCUUAUGGAUCCCCGACUUAACAGAAGUAGCACGAAUAGCUUCGACUCAAUGGAUGAUGAUCCAUUCAUCAACAAUCAUCGACCAGCUUUAACCCUGCCACUGUCCCCACCACGACCACCUUCCCCUUCUACUCCUCGUAGAGCACACAAGCCUAGAAGAACUCGGUUAGGUUUGCCUAUCACAUUGAACACACAAGGUGUUCUUGCUACAGUGUUAGCAUGCGCGGAUACAGGUGCCGAUGUGAACAUCAUAUCCGACGAACUUGCGAAAGCAUUAGGCCACACGAGUUAUGAAACAUGUCCAGAGACGAAGGAAUUCGAGCUAGCCAAUGGAAAAAUCGUCGAAGCUAUAGGUCAGAUCGAGUCUUCCUGUUCAUUCGGCGUCGAAUCCGAACUUUCGGUCUCAAUGACCUGUAUCUUCUAUGUUCUGCUCAGAGUUGCAACGCCCAUCAUCAUGGGCAUGGGCUUCUUAGAAGAAACAAAGACGAUGACUGAGCAUCGAGAGAGACUUGUACGGGUCCCAAGGCCUGCUUUUCAGGCUCUUUCCGUAUGCUCCGUCGGUAGACCACGGAAGUUGAUGAGCUGUGAGCUGGACCACAUGGAUACAUUAGCAACCCCUGACUCCGGGUCCGAGAUUGAUCUGAUUUCGCCAAUAUUUGCAUUCGAACGUGGCCUUGCAAUUUAUCCCGUAAAAGAAGCGAUCGAACUGGCGGAUGGCAGCGUUGCCAUCACUACCGGGUACAUAUCUGCUGGACUGUCAGUCGGGUCUGGCGCCACAUCGGAAUCAAUAUUAGACCUUAAAAGCACUGUAAAAGUUGACUUCUUCGUACUUGAAGGUUUGGCUCACGACCUUAUUGUUGGCGAGGAUUCACUAGAAGAGCUGAAGGUUUUUACGGCCAACCAAAAUGCUCUUGUCCCCGCUCCUAGCGACCAUGGACCAUUGGAAUUAAACCGCAUUCGACAUCUCGGCGCGGUAGACCGGAUCAUAUCCUGGAUCAAAGAUCGCAUCAGAGGAAAGAAACCUAAUCUCGGAUCUCAAGGUAUGAGUCACGUGUGCACCACCACCUUACCAUCAGGAAAGCUAAGCAAUAAUUAUCCACCAGAUCUUCAUUCUUCUUUCGGAAGUAAUAUUCGGGAUCAACGAGAGAAUGAUCAGAGGGAGCGAGAAGCAGCUCGGAUUGCAGCUCUACCAAUCAAUGAACAAGGCGCCGCUAUUGAAGCCGAAGUGCGCGAACAAAAUGAAUACGACAUUGCAGAGCAACUCAGUGCGCCGCGUCGAUUGCCUCCCCAUCUUCCGCCUGGGGGCUCUGGCGACUUCAGAUGCGAUUAUCCUGGCUGUAAUGCAGCGCCUUUUCAGACUCAAUAUAUUCUGAACUCGCAUGCAAAUGUCCAUACCAGUCAAGGCCAAGAUAUCCCAGAAGCAAAGGCAAGAGAAGGGUCCAAGAGGAAAAGUGAGAUGCUACGCUACGAACCGAUCCAUCGUGCCCCUGGUUAUGUAUGCCCCUUCUGCCCAGACAGUGAACACAGAUAUCCACGGCCAGACUCUCUUUAUCGACACGUGCGUGCGCAUCAUGUGGACAAAGACGUAAAUGACUCUCAGCUUCGCAACGUGUUAGCGCAGGGUCCCGAUCGAGAAAUUUAUGGGCGGAAAAGAAGGCUACUAUCCUAAAACCACUUGAGUAUUUACCCUCUACAGCUUCUUCUGGUUCCAUCCUCAGCUGCGGCACAGUAUUAAGAUGCGCUGGAACUCCUCGAGUUAUAUCAUGAUGCGAUAAGAUAA